CAUGCGCGUCGGUGGCCUCUAGAGGAGGCUCAUGUUGUCUCUCCGCAGGAAUGACGAGCCUCGCUCCACUCUCGUCGACAGGCACGCGCGGAAAGGGAGACUGAAAAUAUUCAUUUGGUGGAAAUAAAGAGAAUACGAUCGAUCACUUCCGAACAAACGCCGGAGGACGUCGCCAAACUGGACACUGGAGACAAAAGAUUUCUGAAGGACCUGUCCUCUUCCACUUCAAAGCUGACGUCUCCUGUAUGAGUGUAGCUACAUAUUCAGUGGCAAAGCAUUUUCUAGAUGUGAUGUCUGUCGUGUUUGUCAACAACCUGCGUGUGAAAAUGAGUAUCUGGAUAUUCUUUGAAGAAAACGACUGAUGCUAUAUCGAAAAAAAAACGCUUAAAAUGUGAGUCACUUAUUGUCGGAUUUGAGGAGGCGUCCACUGGGAAUCAGGGCAGUGCAUGUGUCUCGUUUUGGAGAGAGGAGGGUGUGUGCGCGCUGGAGCUGUCCGUUCAGAACCACACACACACAUCUGCCACCAGCGGUGCACCACAAGCCACCAGCCUCGCACCUUCUCCGGACCUCAUGGUGCGGAGCGCAAAUUCAUGACAACCUCUGCAUUCAUUUAAAGUCUUUAUUUUCUCAUUUUCUCUUGGCAUCUGGAGGCAAUCCCUUAUUCACCUGACAAGAACAUCAAGCGCUCAUGCAGCGAUUUCCUUCAGCUGAGCUGCCUUUGCGCACCUGUUUUUCUGCGUUCAUUCGGUUCACUCUCUUUUUUCUGUUGCCUAACAAUUGCGCACAUGUAUCCUCCGGGACUUUCAGCGUUGUAAUGCCUGGCCCGGGCUCGAGACAUGCCUAAGCGACGAGAUGGGCCAGGGCGACGAGAAAGACCGUGUUGUGAUUAACGUGGGAGGGAUUCGACACAAGACCUACCGCAGCACGCUGCGCACUCUCCCCGGCACUCGUUUAGCCUGGCUCGCCGAGCCCGAUGCCCACAGUCACUUUGACUAUGACGCCCAGAUCGACGAGUUUUUCUUUGAUCGCCACCCCGGAGUUUUUGCACACAUUCUCAAUUAUUAUAGGACUGGCAAGUUGCAUUGCCCCGCUGAUGUUUGUGGCCCUCUUUAUGAGGAAGAGCUGGCCUUUUGGGGCAUCGAUGAGACAGAUGUGGAGCCCUGCUGCUGGAUGACGUACCGGCAGCACCGGGAGGCCGAGGAGGCACUGGACAGUUUCGGUGGAGGGCCAGCUGAAAUGGGCAACGAUGAGAUGGACACAGAAGGUUUGGGUGAUUCAGGGGACGGAGACGAGGAACUUGAGAUGACUAAACGCCAGAAGAGCAUUGCAAUAUUGGGGGCCCAUCCAAACCCCCGAGACUGCUUGCCCGUUGUACGUGGCACCUCAGCCGGUGGUGGAGGCAUCCGUGUGCACCACAGCAUGCCUCGAGACCUGGUCCAGGGGCACUCCUGCCCGAAGAAACAUGAGGUCUGA